AGUCGUAUAACUUAUAAGUAUUAGAGAGAUACUACAGUAUUAGCUAUUACUAUUAGCAGGCCUACCUAUUUCAUUCGUGAGAAACAGGCCGAAUACUAAUACUAAUACAGUACUAGUAUAAGUUAGCCGGAGUCGUAGUAAUAGAAUUUUGCAUUUACCUUUGACUAUGAUAGACCAUAGUUAAUAACAUUUUUUUUUAGAACAGCGACUAUAUGAUCUGAUAUAUAUAUGAAUAUGAUAUAUGAAUAUGAAUAUUGAAUAUGGCGAUGGAAAAGCAUAACCUACCUCUUCUAUCUGACCACUGAACUGAAACUGCGUGAGUGAAUCAUUCAUAAAAUAUAAUCGUCAUCAAAAUUUAUUGGGAAUAUUUCGCUGAUCUGAUUUGACUUUCUGUAACUGUAAGUUAUUGUUAAUUUACUAAACUAAGCAGGGGGCCAAGGCAAGAUAGUUUUUCAUCAAGCAGCAAAUGGUCAAUUAAUUGUUAAUUAAAGUCAGUUUAGUCAGACACUGACACUAAUAUUUACUAUGGUCGAAGUCAAUGGUCACUCGGUAUGGUCUAAUUUGAGAAAAUACACUCAGACUCACUGAUUCAUAAUUAUUAUUAUAAUAUUAACAAGGUGCUCAUCCCUCAACGUGUCAACUAUUUUUUUUUUGCUGUACAAUGAAUGUGCCAUUGGGCCAUUGCAGUUUUAUUCAUUUGAUCUAAUUUGGAAAGGACAUAAAAACUCCUCUAUUUGGACCAAUGGUAUCCCAAAGUUUGUGUCACUCAUAAAAAUUAUAAAAAAACAGGUUGUGCUUUUGUUUUUGUCAAAUGAUUUUCCACUGUUGGUUAAAGCCAGAAAAUAAAAAGAGAUGAUAACUUUUAGAGUUACUGGGUUAAUAAUAAUGCAUUGUAUUUUUGUAUUUACAGUGCAGGGACCUGAAAUAUUAUAUAGGAACACCCCUCAUUUUUUAAAAUAGAUUUUUAUGAAUAAUCAUAAUUUUCAAAAUUAAAAAUAAUCAUUAUUUGGGUAUCAUUAUCUUAAAACCCUUUUAAUGAUAUAUUUUUUUAAAGUAAUAACUUACAUUUUGUUUCUUUAUUUUUUAUUUUAAUACAGCAUCAUGGAUAAAAUGCCAGAUGAAGUCCUUUUACAUAUUUUUUCAAAACUUUCUUUUCCUGAUUUGAUUUCUGGAGCCCGUUUGACUUGCUGGCGUUGGAAUCGCCUGUCGAAGGAUUCUUCUCUUUGGACUAAUCUGGAUCUAUGCUUGGUCAAAUUUUCGCAAGACACAUUUAAAUUUCGUACUGGUGUCAGAAGUCUCUUGUGUGAUAUUCAAGACAGCUUGGAACGAUUAACAUUUAGUAACUUGCCAGUAGAUGGAGGCACCUAUGAACUGUUUGGAUCUGCAUGGAAACAUAAAAAUAAAGCCAAAUUCAAAAAAUUAAAGUCACUUGAUUAUUCAUAUAGUGAUGUUUCCUCACGUAAUCUUCGCGUGGCACUCACAACACAUCCAGACAUAGAAGAACUAUAUCUGGCUUAUACAAAAAUUCCUUUUUCUCAAGUUGUGAAGGAAGCAAUCCAUCUACCAAACCUGAAGAAGCUGGUCUAUCAUGAUUCAAAAUCACGGGAUCAUAUUUCAGAUUUGUUAAUAAAUAAAUUAAAUGUCUUAAAGGUACCUAAACAUUGUCAGCUGCUUGAAGUUGUUGAAUUACACACAAUAUUGGCUGAUUUAGAUGGUGAAGUCAUUCAGCAGUUUGUCAAAUAUUGUACUAAAUUAAAAAGAUUAUCUUUUAAUUGGUCAACCAGUUUAACAGCUGAUGCAUUCAAUAGCAUAAAUGCAUCCAUGCAUCACAUUACAGAGCUGGGACUGCUAGAAAGACAAGAGACAGGUCCUUUCCUGAACUUUGUUCUUCCAUCUUUUCCUUGUCUAACCCAACUAACAGUCAGCGGUCAAAACAUCCAUCUUGAAGAUUGCAUUGCCAUUGGGGAAUGCUGCCCAAAG